CUCCCGGGCUGUAGGUGGCGCAAACGUGGCCGCAAGGCAAGGGCUCAGUGGAAAGUGUAGGCCGGAUAAGUAGAAUUCCGAUCUGGACUGUGGGUGGGCGGCUGAUUGCUUCUGCCUGAUGACGUAUUUUUUUACCGCGCCAGUUGUGUUUUUCUGGCGCCGCGGUUGGUGUGCCAUGGCGCCGGUAAGGCAUGCAGCAAGGGGGCAGAGAGGGAGCUUUGGGACGCGUGGCGAAGGAGUUUCACUGGUCGGAUUCAGAAAUAAGAAUAUGAAACGGAGGACGUGGCGACCUAAUCAUCCGCAAGCCUUCGCGGGGAGCGUUCGCGAGGGACAAGGCUUUGCAUUUCGAAGAAAACUAAAAAUUCAGCAAAAUUACAAGAAGUUGAUAUGGAGGGAAAAGAAGGCUCAAACCUCACGGGAAUCCCAGUUCACAGAUCGGUACCCUGAUCAUCUGAAACAUCUCUAUUUAGCUGAAGAGGAAAGACUCAGGAAGCAGCUUAGAAAAGCUGACCAGUCUUUGUUAGAACAAGUUGACCAGCCUCUGUCAGAAGAACAAGUUGAUCAGCCUUUGCCAGAAGAGCGGUGUAGCAUUGACCAGGCUUUGUCUGAAGAACAUUGUAGCAUUGAGCAGCCUCAUGCAGAAGAACAAUGUAGCAUAAGAAUAAAUUCCAUUACUAUUCCAAAGAAAAAUAAAAAGAAAACAUCAAAUCAAAAAGCACAGGAAGAGUAUGAGCAGAUACAAGCUAAGCGUGCUGCUAAGAGACAAGAAUUUGAGAGGAGAAAACAAGAGAGAGAAGAAGCUCAAAGGCUCUACAAAAAGAAGAAAAUGGAAGUGUUCAAAAUAUUGAACAAAAAGACUAAAAAGGGGCAACCAAACUUGAAUUUACAAAUGGAGUAUCUUCUAAAAAAAAUACAAGAAAAAAAUUAGGUCAGACAUGUUGCCUGAUUAAUCAAGUGUUCAAAUACCUGCUGGCUAUUGAGUUCUCUUGUAUAUGUACUGUCCCUCCUAACAGUUAACUAAAUUUGUCAACACAGACUGGAUUGCUAAGCUAUACUCAAUAUAAAAUGUCCAAAUAUGUUUGUUUUUCUAAAAGAAAAUUUUCUAUAUAUGCUCUGCAUUAUAUAUGAUUUGUUUCUUAUUUAUUUGCUGCUGAAGGAAGGUUGGCCUUAAAAACUGGAAGAGGGAACUUCCCUGGCAGUCCAGUGGUUAAGACUCCACGCUUCCACUGCAGGGGCCACAGGUUCCAUCCAUGGCCGGGGAACUAAGAUCCUGAAUGCUGCUUGGUAUGGCCAAAAAAAAAAGGAACUGAAAGAACCUGCUAUUUGAGCAACAGAUUCAAGCAUGUAAUAACUUUUAUACCAUAUGAAAUUCAGAUGAAAUAAAGUGUUUGUUUUGAAAAUAAGGGAGCAGAGCUUUCAACAAAUCAUUUCAAUCAAAUGUUUAAAUUUAGCAAUCAACUAUUACGGUUUUGAAAUUCCAUAGUAAUGGAAUGGUGAAGGAGGCAGAGACUCCCCUUCGACUUUUUAAUUUAUUUUGAAUUAAGUACAUUUUAUAGGGGGAUGGUCUUUCCAGAAACCUGUAAGCAGGUUUAUACCUUCAGCCCCCACCAUAUUAUAGUGAGGUCUUUAUAAAGCAGAGUUUGAUAUUUAUCAUCUUUUCCUUAAGUGGAUGUACAUAGCUUGCUAGUGUAAUAUUUUUUGAAUGAUGAUGGUAACGCAGCAGUGUCACAGCAGGAAUUAAGCUUUCCAGAUCCUGUGGGACCCUGUCAUGUAAGAACAUUGUUACUGGGCCUUACCAGUGUUGUCUCUGUUGGUAGGUUUGUGAGCCAAAGGCAAGUACUGGAAUACUGCUUCUCCUGCCUCCUUGCAAUCACUGCAAAAUGAGAAAGGCUUGGUUAUCAUCGUUAAAACAAAAGAACUGCAAUAAUACUCGUAAAACAGCAUAGUAAAGUGCAAUCCUUUGUAAGUGGUAACAGAUGCAGCCCAAUAUUGCAUUAAGGUUUUGGUAAGUCCUCCCACUCUACUGAGCAUUCUGCAUUUAAAAAGUACAAGGGGGGGCUUCCCUGGUGGCGCAGUGGUUGAGAAUCUGCCUGCCAAUGCAGGGCACACAGGUUCGAGCCCUGGUCUGGGAAGAUCCCACAUGCCGCGGAGCAACUAGGCCCGUGAGCCACAACUACUGAGCCUGCGCGUCUGGAGCCUGUGCUCCGCAACAAGAGAGGCCACGAUAGUGAGAGGCCCGCGCACCGCGAUGAAGAGUGGCCCCCGCUUGCCGCAACUAGAGAAAGCCCUCGCACAGAAACGAAGACCCAAUGCAGCCAUAAAUAAAUUAAUUAAUUAAUUAAUUAAAAAAAAAACUUAAAAAAAAAAAAAGUACAAGGGGGGAGACGCAAGAGGGAGGAGAUAUGGGGAUAUAUGUGUAUGUAUAGCUGAUUCACUUUGUUAUAAAGCAGAAACUAACACACCAUUGUAAAACAGUUAGUUAUACUCCAAUAAAGACGUUAAAAUAAAUAAAUAAAUCAUGCCAGUCAUAAAAUGCAGUGUAAAAGAGCAAAUUCUGAAUAUAAAGAGAUUUUGAUUAUACUGGAUAGGAAAGAUCGGGACCACAAAUGACACCUUGUGAUUGGGACUGCACCACAGCAAGUCUAUACCUUGCAAGAUAGUAUCAGUGUUUGUUUGAAAUGCCAGAGAGAAGAUACAGUGUGCCAUGCUAAAUGCAUGGUGAUAAAUCUAACUUCUUGCUGAAAAAUGUCUUCCAAUUUAUUUGAAGCGUGCAGGGCAUGGACCCCUGACAAUUGGCAUAAACUGGUUGGCAUUAUGAUGAGGCUGGAGCCAUCCCCAGUUACCCUCCUUCCUACAGACCCACGAGUUUCUACUAUAGAGUUUGUACUAUGAAUUAUCUUUGACAGUAACAACUACUGGGUUCUGGGAACAUAAUUUUGUCCAGGAUAACUGCUGUGUAAAUCUGGUGAGUGUGAGGCAAGUGUUAUAAUUACUUCGGAUGUGCUAUUCUUUGGACCUUUUAAAAAUUGAGACACACCAUAGACUUGAUGUUGAAUUAAUAUUAACUUUUGAGGAGCUGAAUGAGCUACAUCCGUUUCCAAGGAAAACACACAGGCUGCAGCUGCUGUAGGAAUCCAUCUAGGCAUUAACAUUGCUGGCUGUGAGUGAACAAAAUAAGAAACUGGAAGGGACUUUAGUUGGACUUUUGCCUUAUAAGGGCAAGAGAAUUGGAUUUUGGGUUUUGAGUUUUUUGCCUUUGGACAUUAACUUGAAAGGUAAUUUAAUAUACAGACUUUAUUUUCUCCCUAGGAGUUUGAAAGGGAAAUAUUUAUACUAAAAUGUGGGACAUCUGCAUUUUACUGGCAGUUUAACACUGGGCUCUCUUUAAGUAUUUGGAUAAUUGCCAUUGAGAACACUUGAUGGAGUCACCCAUGGAGCUGAGAGCCUUACAUCAGAGACGCACACUUCAUGGGCCUAGUGACCCUGGGUUUCACAGAUAUAUUGAGGUAUAAUCAAUUGAGCAUAUUUAAAAUGUAUAAUUUGGUGAGUUUGGGCACAUGUAUACACAUGAAACCAACACCACAAUCACAAAUCCAUCACCGUUAUCUCCAAAAGUUUCUUCAUGGCUCUUUGUCAUCAAUCCUAUCAGGGGCUCCCCAGAUGGGUCCCUAGCAGCCACCGGUCUGCUUUCUGUUACUAUAGGUAAUUUGCAUUUUCAAAAAUGUUAUAAAAUUGGAAUUAUCUGCUGGGUACUCUUUUCUGUCUGGCUUCUUUCAGUCAGACGAAUUUGAGAUUCAUCCGUGUUGCAUUUAUCAAUAGUUCCUUUUUAUCGCUAAGUACUCUAUGGUAUGGAUGCAUCAGCAUUUGUUUAUCCAUUUGCCUGUUGAUUGACAUUUGGGUUGUUUCUAGUUUGGGGCUCCCACAAAUAAAGCUACUAUGAACAUUGUGUA